UAGGUGUAUUUUGGGGCUGUCCUGGUGUGCUGUGCCCUGUGAACCUGCAGAUCAACAGGCUGCAACGCAUUUCAUACCAGAAGAACAUAAAGGCUCAGAAGAUUAAGUCCUGUCAUAGGAAACAAGGCUUAAAAGGAUGUGGAGGAAGACUUUGCUCAGAUGUAGGGCUGGUGGGAGCUGUCAUGAUAACAGCCUGUGCACCAGCACCAGAUGGGAUUUGCCAAUGGCUGGGUGAAGGUCUGCCUCUGACCAACUAUGCUGUGUGUGUGUUCUUUCCCCAGGGACUGACACUAGCCCAUCCAGUGCCCUGACUCUUGCCCUUGGAGGAAGCCAGUCAUGGGGGAAACAGGCAAAGAAGAAUAUAAAAUACAGUCAUUUGAUGCCGAGACACAGAAGCUGCUGAAAACAGCCCUCAAAGACCCCAGCAACGUGGACCUGGAGAAAGUGGCCAAUAUCAUAGUGGACCAGUCCCUCAAAGACUGUGUGUUCAGCAAGGAGGCAGGGCGCAUCUGCUACACCAUCAUCCAGGCAGAGAGCAAACAAGUUGGGCAGAGCAUCUUCCGGAGGAGCCUGCUGAACCGGCUGCAGCAGGAGUACAAGGACCGGGAGGAGCUGCGCACCCGCUCGCUCCAGGCCUGGAUCUGCUACGUCACCUUCAUCUGCAACAUCUUCGACUACCUGAGGGUGAACAACAUGCCUAUGAUGGCUCUGGUGAACCCUGUUUAUGACUGUCUGUUCCGGCUGGCACAGCCCGACAGCCUGUGCAAGGAGGAAGAGGUGGACUGCUUGGUCCUACAGCUCCACCGCAUCGGCGAGCAGCUGGAGAAGAUGAACUCCCAGCGGAUGGAUGAGCUCUUCUCCCUCCUCCGGGAUGGUUUCCUCCUGCAGGAGGGGCUGAGCUCCCUGUCCCAGCUCCUGCUGCUGGAGAUCAUCGAGUUCCGAGCUGCCGACUGGAAGAUGACGGAUGCUGCCCAGAAGUACUAUUACAGCGAAGUGACGGAUUAAGCUCUGCAGCAGAGGGGAGAUGUCCCCAGCACCUUCACCAGCAAGCUUCAUACCAAGUUUGAGUUUCCUUUCACAUUAAUGUUCUUCUAGCACUUCCUAUAAAUAGGGCUUCUAUUGGGUAGAGCCUCUGGGCACUCUGUCAGGCUGCAACUGGCACUAACCUGACUUUGGAGGUUGGGAGAGGUGGGAAGGGCACAUUUAACCCAGGAGCUCUCCCAUUGAUUUUGGCUGACAUUGGGCUGCUGCCAGCAAAGGGCAAGCUUUGAGUUUCUAGCUCAAACCAGCAUUUUGUGAGUGUUAAAAGCACAAUUUAGGCUGAGGACAUUUUGGUUUAUCCAAGGGCUGUGGGAAGCAGAGGGGAAAUCAAUCCCAGCUCAGGUUGUACCCGGUUCUCCGGGACAAGUCACACAAAACACCGUGGCCUCACAAACAGCUCAACCAAGUGCUAUUUUUCCCAGGCUCCUUCCAGCACCUGCAUGCACACAGCCACGAGUACCUGCCACAGGGCUCUAGUAGCUGGUUCUAGAGAACCCAACUACUCACGUGUAGUUCUUUACUACAUGCGCAGGUCCCUGAGCACAUGUGGCCAGGCACAGGUUUUGUAAGUUUUAUACAACUGUCCUGUUUUAUCCAACUUUAGGGAGUUUCAACUCUGGAAUGUUUCUUACAAUAGAAGAAAAGAAACAAAAUAGUCUAUUGAAGGAUUUUUUCUAAUAAAAGUUUUCCACUAACA